AUGAGGCGCGGGGGCCCCGCCGCCCUCGCCGCCUGCCUCGCCGGGGCACUCGCCGUUCUGGCGGAGCCGGCACCGGCAUCGGGACCGGGGGCGGCUGGGGGCGGCCGGCGGCCCCCCCGAAGCUACGGCCACCUGGAAGGCGACGUGAGGUGGCGGCGGCUCUUCUCUGCCACCCGCUUCUUCCUGCGCAUCGACGGCGGCGGCAGCGUGGAAGGGACGCGCUGGAGGGAGCGGCCAGGCAGCAUCGUCGAGAUCCGGUCGGUGCGCGUCGGCGUGGUGGCCAUCCGGGCGGUGCACACCGGCUUCUUCCUGGCCAUGAACAAGCGGGGGAGGCUCUAUGGGUCGAAGGAGUUCAGCCCCAACUGCAAGUUCACGGAGCGCAUCGAGGAGAACGGCUACAACACCUACGCCUCGCUGCGCUGGCGGCACCGCGGCCGCCCCAUGUUCCUCUCGCUCAACAGCAAGGGCAGACCCCAGCGAGGGGCCAAGACACGCCGGCAGCACCUCUCCACCCAUUUCCUCCCCAUCCUCGUCAGCUGA